AUGACAGUUGAGAACCCCAAGGAUGUCCUGCACACAGUCAAUACAGUGACUCAAGCACUGUGUAUUCCCUUGGUGUCUCUCUUUGUUGCCCUGCGUUUCUACACCCGGAUUCGCUUCAAGCAAGCCCUCGGCGUUGAGGACUAUGCCUGUGCCAUAUCUUGGGUUCUUUUUAUGGGCUAUUGUGCGAUUGGCAUCGUUCUCGGCAAAUAUGGCGGCGGCUACAACAUCGACGACGUGAGCGAGGCCCACCAGACACUCUUUAAAAAGUUUUGCUAUGUCGCCACAACUCUUUACUGCCCGAUGGCACUAUCCGUGAAAAUCGCUCUCUUAGCCAUCCUCACUCGCAUCUUCUCUCCUUACCGCGGCAAAGUGUGGUUCAUUUAUAUUCUCCUCGCUUGUCUUUGCUGCUACUACUUGGCGGCUCUCAUCGUGAAGAUCCGCAUCUGUGACCCGAUUCCGAUGUAUUGGCUUGGCCCCCUCCCCGGGGGCUCUUGCCUGGAUCAAAGGGCAGCUCUCAUCGCCGACUCCGUAAUCAGCAUGGUCAGCGAUACCAUCAUUCUCAUUCUUCCAUUACCACUCACAUGGUCGCUCCAAAUGUCACGGAACCGCAAAUUGCGCGUCAUUGGCCUGCUCAGUGCCGGUGGCUUGGCCACGGGCUUCAGUGUGUACCGACUAGUGCUCGUCUUGUCCAGGGGAAGCUCGCCAAACCAGACGAUCGUCUUCAUUUGCGUUAUCCUAUCCGGCAAUGCGGAAGGUGGUCUCGGUCUCAUCUGCGCAUGCCUGCCCGUUCUGAACGUCCUUAUUAGACACUAUCGAAAGGAGUACGCGUCCCAGAAAUACUACAACCAGAGCUCGGAAGUGCCCUUGGGAGACCGGAAGAUCGCCUCCGGCUCCAGGUCCGGCAAUAGCGGGCUCAACUUUGGAGACCAAAGCCAUCUUAUCACCUUUGCCGGUGCGCCUGAAGGGAACGACUCCCUUUAUCGUGAAAAUGGGAUCCGAAAGACAGUUGCAAUGGAGCAAACGGUCGAGAGCGCCGAUCGGGUUAGCGACGAUGGCCAUUCACGGCGCUCAUGA